AACACACAGGAAUUAACUUCAAUUCCUAGCAGCUACCUAGCUCAUCUCUGGUUUAUUAAUUUAUAUAUCGCCAAUCGCCAUGGCUGCUCCUGCUGCUAACAGCUACUCUCAGAUCUGCUUCAUUGUGGUACUUGCCACUACUGUUGUGCUCCCUUCAUGUGCACAGCUCUACCCUGACUUCUAUGACAAAGCGUGUCCUCAGGCCCUGCCAACCAUCAAGAAGAUUGUUGAGCAGGCUAUUGAACGCGAGCCACGCAUGGGAGCAUCUUUGCUCCGUCUCCACUUCCAUGACUGCUUUGUCAAUGGCUGUGAUGGCUCGCUUCUUUUAGACGAUACCCCAGACUUCACCGGGGAGAAGACGGCAAAUCCCAACAGGAAUUCUGUUAGGGGCUUUGAGGUGGUAGACGAAAUCAAGGCAGCUGUUAACUCGGUUUGCUACGGCAACGUGGUGUCUUGUGCUGAUAUCUUAGCUGUUGCAGCUCGGGAUUCUGUAGCUGCGUUGGGAGGUCCAUCAUACCAAGUGUUAGUGGGAAGAAGAGACGCCAAGACUGCAAGCAAAAACGAUGCCAACAACAACAUCCCAGCACCUACGCUGGAAUUCCAGGGCCUCCUCUCCAAGUUUCAGGCACAAGGGUUGGGGCAGGAGGACCUUGUCGUGCUCUCCGGUGCACAUACAAUUGGUCUAGCUCGAUGUGCCACCUUCAGGGAUAGGAUCUACAAUGACACCAACAUAGACUCCGGCUUCGCCGGCGAAUUGCGCAUGAAAUGCCCACGAUCCGGAGGCGACAACAACCUUCAGCCACUCGACGACACCUCCACAAGCUUCGACACCGAGUACUUCGAUGACUUGCUGGAACAGAAAGGUCUUCUUCACUCGGAUCAACAACUCUUCAAAGGUGAUGGGAGUACUAGCGACGGUUUGGUGAGGUACUACAACGACAACCCAACAGCUUUCUGGGAGGAUUUUGGUGUUUCCAUGAUCAAGAUGGGGAAUCUAAAGCCUCUUACUGGAACUAAUGGAGAGAUCCGGAUGAACUGCCGGAAAGUGAACUAGCCAACUAGGUGUAUCAUCCAUCAUUUGGGUUUACGAUUUUCAUGCUCCUCCUCAUCAUUAGAUUAUUAUAUAAUGUAUGUUUCCCAAUUCCCAAUUCCCAUGCAUUCAUGUGUUAUGUUGUUAUCUUAUCAUCAGUAAAUGUCUUCCAUUAAUGUAUUACGUUGAUCUACGGUUAUAUGUAAUAAUCUCAUCGUAUAUAUACCAGUUAGCUCUUCAAACAGGCUGGUGCAUUCCUC